AUGGCUAAUAGCCGGACGCUUUAUUUGAGUUCAAUGUGGUCACUGGAGGACCGAGGGAUUUCUGAAUUUCGAGACAAGCUCAAGAAAUUGAAUCCCGGUGCUUCGAUCAAGGUCCAAUAUCAAUCUGAUAAGCAUUUCUUGAUUGUAACUGGUCAGUUCGAUGAUGAAUUCGAUGUCGAAAUCACAUCGCUUCUUGCAACUUAUAUCGAAGAGCAUCGCAAUGAUGAUCUACUUGAGAUGCCGAGAGUUCGGCAAAUUCCGAUCUCGGCCUACUUCGAUCCCAAUCCCCUUCUUGGCUACGGAAGCGAUGCGCAGCCAGGGGUGGAAACCCUAGUGGAGGAAAUUAUGCCGACACAACCCACUAGCGAUGGACCCGUUGUCAAGUUCUGGUAUCCCUCGCAGGUGGGAUUAGGUCCCAUCUCUCAUGAAUCAGGCCCUCUCCUACGUCGAAUUUCCGAAAUGACAGAAACACAAAUUACAGUGCAGGAAGCCCGAGGGCUCCGUAUUUCUGCACAGGACAUGGACAACAUCAAGGGGGCAAUGGAUAUACUCGACUCCCUUGAAGAGUGCUUGGAUCUCAUUGAGAACCAAAACCAAGGGCUGAUCAUCCUUACUCCAAAACGGGAAAACGCUACCUUUCGCGUCAUGACAUAUGCGCAGAUCAGUGCCACUGCCUUGUGGCGUAUUUUAAUCGACCGAAAUGCCUCUCUUCGUCUUCCAAAGAUAAUAAUUUUGGUGGUUUGUGAAUUCGACGAGCUCGCUAACGAAUUCCGUCCACUUCGCAAACUUCGGCAGCCGCCGCAAGUGGUCCUGAAGGAAGCGAGCAUUACUAGAGAUUGGGAAGACUAUUAUUUUCCAGAGAUAGGUCCGAAAAACGACCCCCUUCUAGGGGAGAUUGAUCAGCAUCUCCUGCCUAAAAGUGAGACCUCUCCCGAGAGGGGCGAUGCUCAGCACCCGUUUCUCUCUACUGGGAAGGCAAAAGAUGUCGACAAUUGGAUCUCUCGGGGUGUCGAUAAACGGCCUUUGGCAACCGACAGUCGUAUAAAAACACCACUGGGAGAUGAGCCCACCUUCCCUGAGAUUGUUGGGUCCAAGCCUCCACCUGAGUCCGGCGUUUCCGCGCCACGGGACCAGAGACAGUCCAGCCCAUUCAAGCCCAAUCCGGCAGGCAUCAAAGGACGUGUGGUUAUGCGACCAGAUGGAACUGUAGCACCCCCUAUCCAGCCUCGACAAGAGAAGCCAACAGGCACCCCUCGUGGCUCAAUUACCUCUCUGUUUAGCAGACUCAGCUAUAGGGAGAGAAUGAGGGAGCAACAGGCAGCCGGUUCGUCUGCCUCAGUCCCUCAACAAAGAGCCGUCGGGAUUGUUCGUAGCGCGGCUAACCCCACUGUUCCAAACGCAGCUUCUAAACAAUCGGAAACAAGGUCUAAGGUAACCGGUCCUGUGACUUCUACUUCUACUCAAGAACCGAAAUCAAUUGCCACCCCGUGUCCCCCAGUUCUGUCCACUCAUCCGGGUGCAACACCCAAACAGUCGGAAGAAAAGUCAGAUGCAGCUGGUUUGGCUUUCUCUCCAGCUAACAAAGAAGAGAAGCCGACUAGUCGCUCUAGUUCUCCAAGAGUCGACAGGGCCCAGCCUCUUGGCAUACUCGAGACAGUGGAUUCACAGGUGAAUACAUCACCCCAAGGGCGAAGUGUCGAUUCAGUGAUGGGGCAGAUAAGGUUAAUUAUUGAUACGGCCAAGACCUCGAGGGAAACUCGAAUGGAGGAAUUGUCCAACAAGCCAAAAAUAACAGAUCAAAAACACCCAAGCACCACAUCCACUCAGCUGGAUCUCAGAAAAGAGGACACAGAAGACCUCAGCCCUCUCAUUGAUCUUGAUUGUGAAGUGAAGAGCCUGGAUAGUGGUUUGAAAAACAUCGUUGCGUUCGAUCCGCCAGCUACAGUCCCAUCAAGCGGUCCCAAGGAUUCUACAGAUGCUCAACAUGACCAAUUCCAGCAUCGUGAGGCUACUACUUCUACUCAAACUGAUGAUAUUUUCGAUACACCCAAUAUCGAUGAUACAACCAUGCAACCUCAGCUAACUUCGACCAUCUCUCCUUGUUCUGGGCCAACCGAAGAUCUGAUGAUCCUCCAUGCGACGACUCCAGCCUCUGUUACUAGCGAGCCUGCCCAGCCAGGACUCGCAACAGGUGCGCCAUUGCCUGAUUCAGAGGUUGCUGGCUCUUAUAGCCAGAGCGACGUAUUGGAAGACGAACAGGAACCCGAACACGCUGCUGAAUUUCGCAGCAAGGCGGAUGAAGUAGCACUGGAAUACCUGCUCAAGCAGAUCAAGGAAAAUCCAGCCCCGGAAAUCCCUAGCAUUGAGGAGAUUUCUAUGCUCCUUUAUGCUAACCCAAUUGAUCCUGCACCUCGAGGUCUGUCCUCUAGCUCGCUUCUCAGUUCUCCCCGUGGUAUUCAGCCACAUCAAGACCCUGGUCAGGGGGCUGAGAAGGUGCCAUUUCUUCAUCCAGAUCUCAUUGAUAUCUCACCUCAGAUGCUUUCUCCUCGCUCGAGUAAUGCUUCUUUGCAACCAUGCGGCUCCAAAGGCGAGGAGCAAGGUACGGAAACUGAAGUUGGCGAAAAGCUGGCGGUCUCAGAUGAGACACAGACAAGGGAAUUCCGUGAGAAAAUGUUCCAUCAGCGGCCUCCCGACAAGGCUUUUCAUUGGGUGGAUGAGGUAACCAAAGUAGUGAAAAGGGCAAAGAUUGAAGUCCACACUGCUGAUACCCGGGAGCGAAAGGAAAACACUGAAACCAAUGCAGAGCACAAGGGAAAUGUUCACGCCCCAGUCGUUAAUUUCUGGCACCGAAGAACAGUAUCUAAGUCAACACAAGCACAGCCACAAAAAAGCAUUGCUUCUCCCACGAAGACGGUUGUGAAAUCAUCAAAAGAAAAGAAGCUCGUUUAUGACUCAACAGAGUCUCUAUUUCGCUUCCUUCGACCAAUUCUUGAUGCAGUCCGCAGCUUUCCCGGAACGUUGAGUCUUCAAUUCCAGUUCGGUCUUAUGUUCAUGCCCAGUCUGCCAGCUUCAACCAAAGAGAGGGAGAUGAGCUACAGGGAGAUUCACCAGCUGUUCUUCUCUAAGAAUAACUUGACACCGCCUCCAGCCUCAUUCUUCGAGCGCUUGACUUCCUCCCCAGUGGACAUUGACUACCUCAUCGACUUGGAGGUCAAUCAAUCUCGUCUGUUCGACCAAAAGUACAGCCACCGAGGCAUAAAGUACGAGUUCUGGUGCCGUGUUGGUCCGAACAGAACCAUUGUUAUCUCUGUUAAUGAAUAUGGGCAUGCUAUGAUUCGUUAUCCUGAGAUCUCCCUAGGCACGGUGCACUUGAGUUUCCCUUCACAAGUCUGGGAUGCAGCUGCUAGGGUACAAGGCUUUAUCGAAUACAUUACGGGAGCUGACCCGGAGCUUGACGAAGCUGCACGAAUGAUGGCGAAAAGCAUCCGGAUAGAACCAAACAAUAAACAUCUCCGUAUGCUGGUCCGUCUACCGCCUGCGUCAAAGUUCAAAAUCGAGAAGGUGUUCAUGGAACGAUGGAGUCGUCACCAUUACUUCUCGGAAAAGAGCAAGAACCUGUUUCUCCAAAUCAGCGAAACCCAAGAACUCUUCGCCAUCCCCUCCAUUCUGGAUCCAGGUAUCAUGGUUCUGCAGAACGCCCCGCUUGAGAAAAUGGUCAAGGAUGGAAAACAGUGGUGGCAAGCCUCAAUUGUCAGCAGCAAAGUGGACGAUAUCAUGAAAUCAAAUUCCUUCCUGGAACCUGGUGACCGCAAUGAGUCCUGGUGUGCGACAGAUCUGCUCGGUGCAGAUAUCACAAAUGUCGUUCCCUCUACUGCGAACCAGGAGCUGAGUACCCUGGGAGCUGAAGUCGCUCAUUCGGGAAUUGGAGCAAUGUUCCAACUUGCUAAAACUGUCGUGCAGAAAAUCGAUGCUGUCGGGUACUGGAAUAGAGGUCCUGCCAGCCUUGACGGAUGCACUAACACGUCGAAUGACCGCAGCCAAGGUGGUACGGGUACCGUCAAGGAGCCAUCCAAUGACUUGGGGAACCAAUUAGUACCCUGGUCCCCGGCGGCUGGGAUCAAGGAAAAGCACAAGUGGUGA